UCAUUUCAAAGAAGAAAUAUUUUUCUUUUCGGAAGGAGAUCCCUACAAAGCGGCCCUAUUUCUUUUCAGUCAGAAAAAGUCGAAGAAUCCGAAAAGCGACGAUGUAUGCCAGGACAAAUACCGGCAACACACAUGGAGACUUUCAAGACAGAAAUGGAGUGAAUUAUGUGACAUCGACAGAGUCUUUCGGCCACUGCUCUCAAUUGUUCUGGAAAAAGGAUCCGAACGACUCCGGACCGAGUUCGGCCAUCAGCUGGUGCGAUCAGCUCCCUUCGUCCUCAGCAGCCCUCUCCAGUUCCAGUCUCUCCUCAGCGUCACUCUCCAGCUCCAGUCUCUCCAUGGAGUCCCGAGCGCCGGCGCCAGCACCGGCGACAACAGCGUCAGAUGACAUGGAGUCAGACGAGAGGCCGUAUGUCUGUGACCUGUGCAGCUGCGCCUACAAGCACGCCAGCUCCCUUCUUAACCAUAAGCUCACCCACAAAACUGGAGACUUCAGGUGUGACUUUUGUAACAAGCCCUACACCAACUACAUGUCCCUGCGCAACCACAUGCGAAUCCACGGUCAAAAACGCUACAUGUGUGACCUGUGCGGGAAGGCUUUCCGCCUUGCCAGGUACCUCCGCAACCACCAGAGGAUCCACGAUGACGGCCCCAACCGCUUCGACUGUCCCUCCUGCUGCAAGAGCUACAGGACCAUGUUGGAGCUGGCUCAGCAUCGCUGCACUGCUGCUGCAACCAACCAGAACCGUUUCAACUGCCCGUCCUGCUUUAAGAGCUACCGAACCAUGCUGGACCUGGCCCAGCACCGCUGCAGCGCCGCGGCCAAAAACCAGUCUGGCAGUCGUCGUUCCAAUUUCAGUAAUACUCCUCGCCGUCAGCAGCAGCAGCAGCAACAGCAGCAGCAGAACAGCGCUAACUCCAUGAUGCAGCCGCAGCAUGGAGGACACGGCCAGCAAGAACCUCUGCCCUCCCACUGCGUCUCCCCCAUGUCUCAGGGAGGCCAAGGUGCUGGUGUGAGCGGCCAGCCUGUGCCAGACCCCCACCAGCAGGGUCGUCCCAGCUCGGUGUCCUCCCAGAGCAGCCAGCAGAGCAUGAGGAGCUCAUCCUCCAACAAACACGUCUCCUCCUCCAGCGCCACCCCGUCCUCCUCCUACUCCCUGCUCCAGCCCCUGGUGCCUGAGGUAAAGGAGAUGAGCUCGGGAUACACUAGGCUGAGCGCCAACCCCAUGCCGAAGCACCAGGACACUUUCUCUCUGGCCCCCCAGCGGCCCCUCACCACCAUCAACCCCAUCGGCCACUCCCUCCAUCCGAACGGAGCGCCCACGCUCAAGCCUUCCCCCGUGCCACGCACCAUCCAGGCCAUGCCCUGGGAGCAGCGUACCCUCUACAAUCAAUGAGACCUCCGGGAACCAGCCGCCUCCCUUCGUGUCACGUCCACCACCACCACCCCAAACCCAACACGUCCUCCUCCUCCUCCUCUCCUCCUCUUUUGGACCCAGCAUCAAGGAGGGAGGAGUUGGGACGCCCCUCCACUGCCUCACCCCUCCUUUGGAACGUAGUGUUUGGGAACGGGGAAGGGCACAUUGAGAACUAGUUGAGAUUGAUUACUGAGUAGUUAGGUUUAAAAAAAUGUGUUGCCUUGAUCCUCAUGUAUGAUCUAUGCCAUGUACUGGAUAUAAGUUAAAAUGUCUGUCCUCUCACUAAGAAUUUGUCUCCCCAUUCUCCUCUCCCACUCUAGUUAUGAACUAUCUAUCCUUUCCAUUAUGAAUAGUGUCCCCCCCCCCCCCCCCACCCUGAACUCCCUCUUUCCAUAUGUUAAAUGAAACAAAAGGCUAUUUUUUAUCAAGAGUGUGUACCAAACCCUGAAAGACGAGGGAUUCUAGGGCGCCAAGUUGUCAAAUUAAACAUGACAAAAUUCUCCCUUCAGCCUGAUAUGUUUUUGAACAUAAAACCUGACUUUUUUUUUUUUUUUUUUUUUUUUUUUGGUCGAAUGAAGAUUCUGGAAAAGGAGAAGGGGAAACUUUUUUUUUUUUUUUUUUUUUACUGUACCCCUUCAAUGUGCUCCAGAAAGAUGAUUGUGUAUAUUGUGCGUUAGGAGGUGUCAUGACUAUUUCAGAAGGCCGUUUCCGUUCUCUCUGACGUUACAGCGCCCAAACGAACCUCUCCCCUCCACUCCGAGCAUCAACAGCAAGGACCACGACGGAAACAGCUCAGCUGACUGUUGUUCUACAGACCGUUUUGACGUGUACAGUUUGGCUUCUGUGUGUUGUGAAGACUGAAGCUGUUGGGGAAAAAAAAAAAAAAAGAAAGAAAUAUUAAUAAUAAUAAAAAAGGACCUCAGUGUUCCCCCAGCCACAACCACCGAUGAGGACAUUUUGGUGCCGUUACCUUCUUUAUAACACACAACUGAAAGCUCACUUUUUUCUAAACUUGCAUCCGACUGGUGGCUUGUUGUUGUUGUAGUUUUAAUAAUCUGUUGGCUGGGAAUCAAAUUUAGUAACAUAACCUCCUUUUUUUUGUUGUUUUUUUUUUUGUUUUGUUUUUGUUUUCCUGGGGGGUUCCAGACUGACUGUUAACAUGUUUGUUCCUUUCACCUUAAAGCACUUUGAAACAAGUGCUGUAUAACUCUUCCUGUCUCUCCCUCCCUCUGUCUGGAGCUGUGUCGACUGUAAAGAUGUAACAUUGCCUUACAUCAGCGACUCACUCAUCAUCACCAGUGACUUAGCAGCAGCACUGGGCCAUGUUGGAGCCCAUUAACAUGGCUGCGUCUGGAAGCCACAGUGGCCAAAAAUACAGUAUGUCCGCAGCUCUGGACCCCACCUCAGCUCCAACACGCCCCAUCCAGUGUUGCUUUUCCUGUAGAAAAUGUCAUGCCUGUGUCUCACUGCUCCCAGGAUGGAUUUCGUAACACCUACCUGCCCGGGUGUUUCAAUAAGCAUCCAGCCACAGUUUGCCAGAUAACUCCAAAUACACACACACACACACACAAAAGAUGAAGUGAAUUUUUUUGGUCAGUUUAAUGAAUAGCAGUUUAACUCUGGAUCCAGUAUGUAGUUCAGUUCUGUUAUCUCGCUAACAUGGUGUUCAUUGAAAUACCCACAAUUCUACUGACAUUGUAUUAUCUCUUUUUAAAGUUGUUUCUAUUUUUAUUCAUGACAUGUUUUCAUUGUUGCUUUUUCUCUCCUUGUAAAGUGUCUUUGAGUAUUUAGAAAAGUGCUAUACAAAUAAAAUGUUUUAUUAUUAUCACCA